CUCUGCAGUCUGCACACUGCACUGCUUAGAGCUUGUCUCUCCUCUCUCUUCCAUCUGUCUCUUCUUGUCAUUUGUCAAGCCCCGCCGCUGCUCCUCAAUCCUACCCGUGCGCCGCGGGUAGGUUCUGGAAGCUCUCCGGAGAUGAGGAGGGGUAGAGGACAUGGAGGAGGAGGGGUGUCCGCGUCCCUCGCCGCGCUGCUGUGCUGCGGCUGCGUCAUGGUCCUCGCCGGUGCAGCCGCCGCGCAGGGCCCCUGGCUUCCCUACGCGUACAAAACCCUAAGUGGUGAUGCUCCACGAGUUGUGGCCAAAGGCGGGUUCUCAGGAGUGUUUCCCGACUCCAGCUCAGAUGCCUACUCCUUUACGUUGAUGGCCAGCGCAGCCGGUACAACUCUGUGGUGUGACGUCCAGCUGACAAAGGAUGGCGUGGGAGUCUGCCUUCGGGACAUUAACAUGGAUAAUUGCACCAACGUCGCCCAAGCUUACCCUGCGAGAAAGCGGACCUAUGUCAUCGAUGGCGUGCGGAAAAAUGGAUGGUUUGCUCUGGACUUUACCAAGGAUGAGCUUCAGUCUGUUAUUUUAACACAAGCAAUUUGGUCUCGCACCUACAGUUUCGAUUCUGUCGGGUAUUCUAUCCUCUCUGUCACAGACUUGCUGUCCAUUGUCAAGCAGCCUUCUGUUUGGUUGAAUGUUCAGCAUGACACCUUCUACAAAGAACAUGGUUUGAACAUGAGGAACUACAUAUUUUCCAUCCAAAAGCGUGUAUCUGUGGAUUAUAUCUCGUCACCUGAACUUGGCUUCCUCCAAAAUAUAUCUGGAACAGUUCGUGGCAAGACAAAGCUUGUGUUUAGCUUUCUUGAUAAAUCCCUCUUGGAUCAUUCUAUAAACCGAACAUAUGGUUCACUUUUGAGUAACCUAACGCUUAUUAAGUCUAUUGCAUUUGGCAUAAUGGUCCCGAAGACAUACAUUUGGCCAGUGACAAAGGAUAACUAUCUACAGCCGUCCACAUCAAUUGUCGCCGAAGCCCACAAUGCAGGGCUGGAAAUAUAUGCCUCUGAUUUUGCAAAUGAUAGAAUUAUUCCCUAUAACUACAGUUAUGAUCCAUUGGCAGAAUACCUAAACUUUAUCAGCGAUGGUGGCUUCUCUGUUGAUGGUGUAUUGUCAGAACACCCUUUUACUGCAUCAGAGGCUAUUGGUUGCUUGGCUAGUCUGAAUUCAAGUAAGACUGAUCAUGGGGAACCUUUAGUUAUCUCGCAUAAUGGUGCUAGUGGAGAUUAUCCAGACUGUACGGACCUGGCCUACCAUAGUGCAAUUAAUGAUGGCGCAGAUGUCAUUGAUUGUCCUGUUCAAGUGACAAGUGAUGGAGUUCUUAUGUGCAUGAGUUCCAUUAACCUGCUUGAUACCACGAAUGUGCAGGGAACAACUUUCAGCUCUCGUAGUUCUGUUGUUCCAGAAAUUCAGGCUACAGCAGGAAUCUUCACAUUCAACCUUACUUGGGAUGACAUUAAUAGUAGCACCUUAAAACCCAAAAUAUCUUCCCCAGUGAGUGAUUAUUAUCUUGUAAGGAACCCAAGGUACACAAAUCAAGGGAAGUUUCUGAAGUUAUCUGACUUUCUAGCAAUCGGAAUGGAUACAGAUUUGUCUGGUGUCAUGAUCAUCAUUGAGAAUGCUGCAUUUGUGGCAAAGUCAUUAGGAAUUGACAUAGUUGAUUCUGUAAAUGCUGCCUUAAGUGCUGCUGGUUACGAUAAUCAGACUACCAAGCAAGUUCUGAUCCAGUCGAAAGAUAGUGCUGUUCUUGUCAAACUGAAGCAGCAGAAAACAAAAUGCAAGCUUGUUUACACUCUCCCCUUAGGCAUUGGGGAUGCUUCUACUUCCUCAUUAGAAGCCAUGAAGAACUUUGCUAAUGCUGUAGUUGUUGAUAGGAAAUCUGUUUUUACCUUAAGUCGAGCUUUUGCGAUCCGACAGAACAGUCUUGUGAAACAUCUACAGUCAGCAGGGCUAGCUGUGUACGCACAGGUGUUCCGGAAUGAGUUUGUAUCCCAACCGUUGGACUUCUUUGCAGAUGAAACUGUUGAGAUCAAUUACUAUGUUCAAUCAUUUAAUCUGUCAGGCAUCAUAACUGACUUCCCGAAGACAGUCAGAAGAUACAAAAAAAUGCCCGACUACAUGCAGAGCAUUGACGUUGGCUCCCUUUACCAGUUACUUCAACCCUUCAAAGCCCAGCCGCCAUCUUUGCCGCCAAUGCCGACACUGAAUGCUUCAAGCGUGGAGGAGCCACCGCUUCCUCCUGUUGCGUCAAGGAAGAGAGAUCUUUUACGGUACACAAACACAAGACUACCUUCUCUUGCUAUGGGGGUUGGCAUUGGUAUGUUCGUUUUGCUUCUGGUUCUUGCUGCCAUCUUUGCAACAAAAAGACUCAAGAUUCGUAAGGCCAGAAAAAUGAGGGAGAAAUUCUUCAAGCGAAACCGCGGGUUGCUGCUUCGACAACUAGUAGACAAGGACAUUGCCGAAAGGAUGAUCUUCAGCUUGGAAGAGCUCGAAAAGGCAACAAAUAAGUUUGAUGAGGCUCGCAUCCUGGGCGGCGGAGGGCACGGCACGGUGUACAAAGGCAUACUGUCAAACCAGCGUGUUGUUGCCAUUAAAGUGUCAAGGCUUGUAGUUCAAAGAGAGAUCGAUGAAUUCAUAAACGAAGUUGCCAUCCUUUCGCAAAUAAACCAUAGAAAUGUAGUGAAGCUUUUUGGGUGUUGCCUUGAGACAGAAGUUCCAUUGUUGGUCUACGAGUUCGUUCCAAAUGGCACACUUUACGACCACCUUCAUGUUGACAACCCUCAAAGACCACUGACAUGGAAAGAUCGGCUGCGUAUCGCCUCUGAAGUUGCCAGUUCUCUCGCCUAUCUUCACUCAGCUGCUUCGACAUCGGUUGUGCACAGGGACAUCAAGACAUCCAACAUACUACUUGAUGAUCGAUUGACAGCCAAGGUUUCGGACUUCGGUGCCUCGAGAGGCAUCGCAAUCGAUCAAUCGGGAGUGACAACCGGCAUACAAGGAACAUUCGGCUAUUUGGAUCCCGAGUACUACUACACAAGGCGAUUGACCGAUAAAAGUGAUGUCUACAGCUACGGCGUCAUGCUUGUUGAACUUCUAACAAGAACGAAAAUUAUGUACAUUUCGCCUGAAGGUGUGAGCCUCGUGGCACACUUUGUCACGUCCCUGGAUCAAGGUGAGCUCAAUGAGAUACUAGAUGAGCAGGUCAUCGAAGAAGGAGAAGAGGAGGGCAAACAAGUGGCAGAAAUAGCAGCAAUGUGCUUGAGGAUGAAGGGAGAAGACAGGCCAACCAUGCGGAGCGUGGAGAUGAGGCUUCAAGGGCUGCUGGGUUCAGAGAUUAACACUUCAGUGAUUGGAGAGGGUCAUGUGAAUGGACUCAACGGCCUAACAUUUCAAGGAGGAAAUGCCAAUGCCGGCGACAACUACUGCAGUAGACGGUACAGCAUCGAGGAAGAGAUCUUAGUUUCUGCGAGCUUGGAGCGCUGAUCCUCACGCCACAUUCUCAUCCAACAGCAAAGCUAUCUACUCCUAUACGAUGCAGUAGUAGUACCAGUACUCACUCCUCAGCCAAUUGACUGCUGGCUUUCAUCCCACUUGUGUCAUCCUAAAAUUAUUCGUGCACUCCUCAAAUUAGCUUCAGAUAUUAGCAUUAGGUUAUUCUAAGCUACCUCCCAUGUUUUGAACCAAGGACCUGAUUUUGAACCAAGGACCUGAUUUUGGCCAUUGUGACGAGGGAGGGAGGGAGGGAGCUUUCCUCAUCUCUUAGUGAGAGUUGAGAUAGAGAUAUUCUUGAUGCGGGACUCUGGAUGCGUUAGGGAUGACCAUGGUGUGGUUACGUUGGUUUCGGGAUGGAGAUCAUACUAGUUUUUAUCA